AUGGUUUACCAAUUAACUUGCACCUCAAUUUCCAUCUUCUUGAAUCUUGUCUUAUUGAUGUUGAUCUGGAGAAAAUCACCACCACAGACAGGGAGAUAUCGGUGGCUGAUGACUUUCACAGCUUGCUUUGAGAUUUUCUGGGGAACUUUUGAUCUACCGGCUGAAAUUAUUGCUCACUCUGUCGGAUGUGCUUUCAUAACGUUCCGAAUCAACAAACCCGACUCCGUGCUUGAUCCUGAACAUUCAUCGUGGGUGGUACUAACCUACACAGCCAUCUUCGGAGCAUCAAUGGCAAUGUUCGCAUCUCAUUUCGUCUAUCGAUAUGGAUCAAUAGAAAAAAGUUUCGGAAAGAAAUUUACAUCUGGAUGGAAAUUCGGUCUUCUCUUCUUCUUUCCUAUUCUUUACUGCUUUUGGUGGGGCGCAGUAGUGAGAAUUUGGUUUUGGAAGAAUCCAGACAUGGAUGAGUAUACUCGAGACGUGAUCAAUAGAACUACAGGACAGCCCAUUGAAAACAUUAGUUACAUUGGUACAAAGUUCUACAAUUUCGUAACAAACGGAACGAUGACUUUCAAUAAACCAGCGUGGAUUGGGGUCACACAAAUGUGGUUCAUGGUGGGAACAUCAGUAGGAUGCGUGUUCGGUUUUGGUAUCAUGUGUUAUCUCCGUCUAUCAAAUACCCUUUCAAUUGUCUCCAGUUCUUUCAACAACCUCCAGAAGCAGCUAUUUUAUGCACUCGUCCUUCAAACAAUGAUCCCUCUUGUGUUAAUGCAUACCCCGAUUACUGUAUUCUUCUUGUGCCCUAUGCUGAAUAUUGAUACUGAUUUUGCUACUGCACUCAUUUUGAUUACUAUAACCUUGUAUCCAGCUGUAGACCCUCUUCCAAGUUUCUUCAUUAUCAAAAGCUACCGUGAAGCGAUGCUGGAGAUUUUCAGAGCAGUUCUCUGCUUGAACAGUGGAAGCUCUCAAGUUGGGGACAGUGUGAUAUCUCAUCACGGUGCUGUUCCUAAAAACUCGGUAGCUUUAACCAAAAUGUCAACUAAUCCAAAAUAA